AUGAACGAUCUAAUGACCAAGUCCUUCACCAGCUACGUAGAUUUAAAGAAAGCUGCGAUGAAAGACGUUGAUUUGGAAGCGGGUAUCGCUGUUCCUCCCAAUGUGGAACUAACCUCCUCCAUAACCCACUUGGACACUGACAUGGGUCUCUUCUUGGAAGAGGCUGAGAAGGUGAAGACUGAAAUGGGGUCACUCAGAGACAUCCUGGGCAGCCUGCAACAGGCCAACGAGGAGAGCAAGUCCCUACACAAGGCUGAGGCGCUCAAGGCGCUCCGGAGCCGGAUUAACGCCGACAUUGUCGCCGUGCUGAAGAAGGCCAGGGCGAUCAGGGCCCAGCUGGAGGAGAUGGACCGCGCCAACGCCGCCAACCGGAGGCUCUCCGGUCUGAAGGAUGGGACUCCGGCCAUCUACCGGACCCGAAUCGCUGUUACCAAUGGACUGAGGAAGAAGCUGAAGGAGCUGAUGAUGGAGUUUCAGGGGUUGAGGCAGAGGAUGAUGAGCGAGUACAAAGAUACUGUGGGGAGAAGGUACUUUACAGUGACUGGGGAGUACCCAGAUGAAGAGGUGAUUGAGAAGAUCAUAGCCAAUGGUAAUGAGGAAGAGGUUUUGGGGAAGGCCAUUCAGGAACAUGGGAGAGGAAAGGUUCUGGAAACUGUGGUGGAGAUUCAGGACAGGCAUGAUGCUGCUAAGGAAGUGGAGAAGAGUUUGCUGGAGCUGCACCAGGUGUUUCUGGACAUGGCCGUGAUGGUUGAGGCACAGGGUGAGAAAAUGGAUGACAUUGAGCAUCACGUGUUGCACGCUUCGCACUAUGUUAAGGAUGGGACCAAGAAUCUACAGAGUGCGAAGGAGUACCAGAAGAGUAGCAGGAAGUGGAUGUGUAUUGGGAUCAUACUGCUGCUUAUUCUUAUUCUGGGUGAAUUUGUAAGUGUGUGA